AUGAAGACCAUGAGCCCGUUGGACAGUUUGCACCCUCGUAUGAGAGCUGUGCAGAAAGAGCUAGAGAAACAUCGAAAUGCUGUCCCAAGAAUCUCAGAGGCCGUUCCUUCCACUACGCCUUCGACCAACCACACUUCAGACCACAACAAUCUAUGGGAUAUCGAUCCUGAUCCCCUUCGAAAUUGA